AUGGAUUUCAUCAAGACCAGUUCCCUGCGUGCUCUGAUUGAGUUAACUUUCCAACGCAACUGGAAUGGCCUAAUUUGGAUGAGUAGAAAAGGAGUUACAACCAAAAGAGUGAAGACUGUCCAGACGGCUCUAUCGAGAAUCAGCGCCCAACCGCGCAGUCCGGCUGGCCGAGGAACGAACAUGUUCCACGCUCGGCCAAAUCUGUCCGUCCGUCUGAAGUCUCGGCCAAAGUCCAAAACCGUUCGGCCGAACGCAUCACGACCCGGGAAACUAAGCCCGCGGUCGGCCACGCCACAACCGCCACGCCAAUGCCGCGCACGACCAUGCCGUCCGAGCCGGGAAACAAACGCCUCGCGGCCGCGCGACCUAUCUCGCGACCACGGCCGCCGAUGGCGACCGUCCGACCGGAUACGUCCCGAUCGUCCGACCGUCCCAACGCCGCGGUCGACCCGAAGCCCGUUUUGA